AUGGGCGUCUUCUCCCUCGUUUCCAAGCCGGUCCCCUGGACCGCCGGUCGCAUGACCAAGUGGCUGCUGUCCAUCGCCCUGUCCGGCAUGGCCAUCACCGCCAGCCUGGUGCUCUACCGCGGCCUGGCCAUCCACGCCAAUGCCCUGGUCACCGCCCCGGCGCCGCUCAACCUCUUCCCGGCGCGCAUCCGCACCGCGGCCUCCGACGCCGGGGGCCACCCCCCGGGCCCCUCGGCCGACGCGUGUCUCUGGCGCGGCCGAUCGGACAGCGCCUUUCUCUGCGGGGCCCCGCCCGAGUCGGCACUAGGCAUAGCCUCGGCCAAGGUCACCCGCGAGAUCGACGACAUGACCCUCCGCGUGCCGGCGUCCCCCCCGCCCCGGAGGACCUUCGGAGCCGGGGCCUCGACCGCCUCCGCCCCCUCCGCCUCCGCCCCCUCCGCCUCCGCCUCCGCCUCUUCGGCGGAGUCGGCCCCCUCCCAUGGCCCAGCCCCCGGGGCUUCGUCGGCCGAUUCGGGCCCCACCCCGGCACCGAGCCCCACCCCGCAUGCGCCCCAGCCGCAGGAGGGCGACCAGGAGGUCCGCGACCCGAAUGGCUGGGCCCCGGCCCCGGCCCCCCAUGGCCUGGAUUGGCACUACCUCGAAGGCCGGCUGGCCUUCUUCCUGGCCCAGGAGCUGCCCCAGGCCACCACCUGCCACUUUGACCUCGGGCCGCCCGGGCGCAUCAUGGCCACCCGGCCGCUGCGCGGCCUGGACACCCUGAUGAUUAUGUGGCUGUCCAUCGCCGGGGCCGUGGUGGCCAUCGCCGGGGUCGGCCUGCGAGGGGUGUGGCUGCGCGAUGCCCGCUUCAGCGCGGCGCUCUGGCUGAUCCUGCAAUCGGCCAUGGCCGCCCAGCCGCUGGCCCUGAUGCUGGCCGUGGCCCCGGCCACCACCGGUACCCUGGCCUGCUGGCAGUGCGCGUACAAUCGCCUCCCAGGCACCCGGUGCACAUAUGACCCCUGGUCCACCGAGAGCACCGCCGGCCCCGGCAUGAUCCCCUCCCUGGCCUGGGUCACCCUGCUGGCCGGCCUGGUGGCCGCAUUCAUGAUCCUGGAGCUGGUUCUCCGGGCCCGGCGGCCGCUCCUGCGUGCCGAGGCCCAGCGCCGCCGCGAGCGCGGUCGCACCCUCACCGCGCGCUUCUUCUCCCUCGCGUGGUACCUGGUCACCAGCACCGCCGCCGGGGUCUUGCUCUUCAGCUCCAUCAUCACCUUCCUGGCCGACGUGGCCUGGGUGUUCGACGGGUUCUACGGCCCGGCGGCCCUCAUUUUGGGCGCCGUGUCGCUGAUGGUGGUUGUUGGCCUGAGUGUCGUGUCCGCCGCAUGGGUGGUUGUCUGCCUGUGGCGAGCCGAGCGCGUCCGAACCAAGAAGGUCUUCCACCCGGACGCCUGA